CAGGUGCUCGCGACCACUUCGCUUUACUCGUCCCGCAAACCACAUCAAACGCGCACACACAUACGCCGACAAACCUACCCUUCCAUAAAAAAAAACACACGUGAGCAGCAGCACCCCAACAAUGUCAACGAUUUCGAUCUUUAAGAACCUGCACAUUGCACCUCGAUUUCCAUCCACAAUGUCGACCCCCACAGCCAAAUUCGCACCCGCUUCGCCAAAUUUUGGGGAUGAGAGCAGGGUCGGCAAGUUGCAGAGGAAAAUGCAAGAGGCGCCACUUUUCCCCAUAGGCAUUAUGGGUCUACUUGGCGCCCUCGGCUACGGAGCUUAUAGUUUCAAGAAGAAGGGCAAUAUGUCAACUUCAGUUUUCCUGAUGCAACUCCGAGUGACCGCUCAAGGUGCAGUAGUCGUUUGUCUGACUGCCGGCGUUGGAUAUUCUCUGAUCAGGGACUUUGUUCUGCCGAAAAUGAAGUCUGCUGAGCACUAAGAGCGUUUUUUCAAUAAGAGAUAGGAAACGUAAUAAUUAAUAAAAUGGCCAAGUUUGACUGUGAUGCCUGAGCGACUGAACUAACUUUUUUCUCAACGUCAGGAUGAAUAUUGUAAGGGGCUGGACCCCAAAAUGUUUUGCAUCGUUAAGUGUAUGUUCCUUAUUGAAUUUUUUACAUGUACAAAACGAUGAUGAAGCGAGCGCGACUUGUAUAUCUAUUUUCGCCCCUCGAGUGAAUAUUUUAUAAAUAUGUAAAUAUCCCAAAGAGCGAUAACCGAGCCGCAUUAUACGCGAGCAAAUUGAGAUUGACAAUCAGCCUCUCUUGAGCGCUACUUUGGGGCACCAAAUGCGAGGAAUUGGAAAUCACGUCCCGCUGAAUUUGAAUAUUUCCUGCUUUUGACGAGAAUAUAAAACACAAGAGCGCCAGGGAACGCCACUCAAGGAUGAAUGGAAUUACCACAAAUCUGAAUAAAAUUAUUUACGAUCAAUAAGAGUCAAGCUCCGUCUUUGUUUCACUCAAAAAAGGGAAACACCAUGGUAAAAAAUUCAAUAAUAUAAUCCUAUUAAAAUCGUUUUGAAUAAUUUCAUUUCAUCGAAUUUUGUAGAAUCCAACCACAAAAUUUUAAUUCUGUUUACAACAGAAGAUUGGUAAUUUUUUAUGGAUUGAGCUAAUUUUA